AUGCCAUCUUGACUUUCAAUGAAAUCAACAAAACAGAAGAGAAGGAGCAAAGCGACAGUCAGUUACCACUCACAUAGUUCCCGCACUACCAACGUAACACGAAAUUGCAACGGUUAAAUUUCGAGAAUCACGUUAUUUGCCGUUUUUUGUCAUUUGUCUUCAAUAGAGCUGCCUUUAAAGGCAUCAUUCAAGCACCUGCUACAAAAAUCAGCAGUCUCUCUGCACGGAUUUAUGCGGCUAUUUUCGUCCCGACAGGGAGCCAAGGCUACGAUGCAGCAUCGAGGAAUGGUGAUUUGCUCCAUUUGGACAACAGUCUUCUUGCUGGCUUCGGUCGUUUCUGGCAUUCCCGUCGAGGAAGGAUUCCUGCAGAUAAAUAAAGAGGUACCAAAUUCACCACAAGAAUCUUCGCCCGAGAGGGACGUGGAUGUUGAAGAGUUGCACAGCCUGGAGCACAGCCUGGACUCGAGCAACAAGAAUUCCGAAAUUAUGAACCCGGCGACUGAUUUCCCUGGCCAAGUGAAUCGCCAUGCGUCUCAGUUGAAAACGGCCGACGAAGAGAAGCGCUCGCCGGAUAGCAAGAGUGAUUUCGUUCUCAGUGAUUUCACUUCCAGCAGUGAUACCCCUCGUGAUAUGGCCGAGUACAUUUUCUGGACGGGAGACGAAACCAGCGUGACUAACGCCAUCAAAGAUUUUAUUAAUCAAGGACUGAUAAGUGUAGAAGACGGCCAGGAAUUCAUGGAACAAGUGCGAUACGAUUUGCAGCGAAUCCAGUUUCGUUACGGCACCGACGACAAUAAGGCCGCCAACUCCGAAGUUCUGUCUGAAACUACCAAAUACAUGACCAAGGAAGACGAGGAGGAUACCGAGAGCCGCCAAUUAUCCGAGUUAGUGGCACCACCAGCAAAUAAGGUUGCGGAAAUCGAGAAGCCGCACGAAGGAGAGAUCGUCGUGACCAGCUAUCGUCUAAACCCUAAAUCCGCAAUCGAGCCGGUUCAUCAAGCACCAACAACUGUAACCGUUCAAAAAGAUGAAGAGAUUAAUCAGCUAAAGGAUGAUAUCAAAAUGCGUGGAACAUUAGCUACCGACGUCAAAGAAGAACAUUUGAACGAAGCGAAUAUUGUUGAUAUCCUGAGUAACGAGUAUUCCCUUGAAGAGAUUCUUUAUCAACUCGCUCGAAUUCUUUUUUCGCAGAGCCUUAGUCAAGCUGGUCACCCAGAAGCGGAAGAAGCACUCAAGAAAUUCGCUGAUUUCCUUGAAAAAGAAUCCAAGGAAGGAAAAAUGUCACCACAGCUGCAGAAAAAGGUUCUGGACGUCUUACUGAUGUCUCUCUUUGAUUCAAUGGCAGACCAUCAACACAUUGCCACUCAACCGCCGGCGAAACUUUCCACGAUGGAACACGUCCUAAUAGCUAAUAAGGACAAACAUUAGGCAACAAUCAUCUCGGAUGACUACCAUAUACAUGUUAUCGAUUGAUUACUUUCUCUAUAUACUAUUGUACACAUUCCAAAAUUUUAAGUAUAGAAAUGCCCACUGCUUAAAACACCGGGCAACUCAAAAAUAUUUAUCCCUUCUAUACCCUAGCUUCAUGUUGUUCGAUUCAAAAUCUUUAUAAUCGGGACAAAUCGAAUACACAACGGCCAUCUUUCCGCGAA